UAACAACUUUAAGUUAAAAACUCACGGUGUCAUCCAUCGUGGAUUCUUAAUUUUUAAAUAACUACAUUAAAUAAAUUAGUGGUGUGUGAACUAGUUGAGCAGACGUCGUCAAUCAAGUUUUACAGCUGACAACGAAAAGAUGGCUUUACUUCUCAUAGUGCUUACAGGUUUUUUUUACCUUAUACAACCCACUAAAGCAACAAGAUACCCGUUAGUGGUUCACAAUGUCCGCCAAGAAAAUGAUUCAGCUUUAGGAUUUGUCUCGGCACCAACAUAUACUAACGCAGUCAAUGUGAUGUUCUUCGGCCAAGAUGAAACCACACCUAAAGAUGGCUUCCAUCUGGAUUAUGCUGGAUCUCUGUGCAGACCGCUACAUUGCACGGAACAGGCCUCCGCUUCACAUUGUCGUAUUGCGUGUAUAAAAAGCAUUUGGAUACAGACCAAAAACCAGACUCACGUAUGCUUCCACUCAUAUAAUCCAGGAUUCUAUAGCUGUCCACUUCAAGAUGGAGCGCUCCGUGCAAUGUAUGUCAUGCCAUUAUUGGUCGUUGAUAUAGGACGUUUCUUCCACAUCGCCCUUGACUUUUUAAUGCUGCCAGAAGACUUUCCAAACGACUAUUUUGUCGAGGCGAAAAAUCAGGUAUCUAUCAGUGUUCAUAAGGGAAUACCUUAUGUCAGUGGACUCUUCGAUGAUCGCUUGAAUGAAAAGAUUGGUAAAUCGGUAUAUCGUAUCGACUUUCAGUUGCGCAAUGGAGAGAGAAGGACAAUAAAGUUCUGCCUAGAAACUCAUAUCGAUUCUUCUCCCAGUUUGCCGUACUCAUACGUGAUACUUAUUGGAUAUAAGCCAGGCCACAACAGUCUAAGCCUCUAUGUAAAAACCGAACUUGCAUUGUGUACCAGUUAUCUUUUGGGAGUUAGUUAUUUGCAUUUCCAAGAAGUUCAAUUCUCUACUGGUAAAGUUUCUUUAAAAAUGAAAAUGCGAAUUGACAAGAAGGUCGAAUGUCCUUACAUACAGCAGAAAUUGAAAUAUUUGCCUGGGCAAUGCCGUAAAUAUAUAUUUAAAUCGCUUAUUUUAGAAAAAGCUGGUGGGAAAACUUGUCUUGACAUACAGCCAUCGAGUCUAACGAACAACCUAGUCCCAAAGCCGACGGAACGCACCACUUUGCUAAUAACACCUACGCAAUCUUCUAUGGUAACUAAUCUUGAAGAAAGUUCUAUGAGUACCAUCGAUCGUGAUACUGCUAGUACAAAACACCUACCUUCGUCGGCAGCGAGUUUCCUGUUCUAUCAGCAAUCACGGAGUACAUCUAUACCUGAGGUUCCUACAACUCUGCCAGAUAUCACAACGGCCAAUGAUCUAUACGUAAGACGUAAAACGUCUCCCAUAGACACUACAUUAGUACCUGCGAAUUGGAACACUGAAGCCAUACGAACAUCCGCUGGUGCGUUCACUCAGCAUCAGCCGUUCAGUGCGCCCGCCUAUAUAAACUUAAACGAUAAGCACACGAAAGCACUUGGUCUUCAGACGAAUAACUUCAUUGUGACAGAAAAUAUCCAGCCGAGCCCUUAUGAUACAAAGAAAAUGACCGAUCCUGGUUCCACCAGUAAUAUCCUACCAAGUCGACCGGACCAUCGCAGAGCAUCGUCAGGUUAUAACUUUCGAUGUGUAUUUAUUGGAGCAAUUUUAAUGGCUUUUACUAUUCUAGUAAUAUUAUGCCUAAUUACUUAUACCAGUAACGCAUCCUAAUGAAAACACAGAUAAUUUUGUAUUUAAAAUUUUCACGGAGAAACGGAUUUUAAAGUGACUUACGCUCUAUUGUAAAAUAGAUAAUAACACAAUCAUAAUCCUUAAAUCAUAAUAUUUUUAGGUUUAAAAAAUUGAAGAAAAACCUUACAGUAUUAUUCAAAUACCGCAGAAUACCACGUUGUGUACUUUUUAAAAUUACGGUACAUAGAUAUAUGUAUGUGUGGGUGGCUUAAUAAAGUACUCCAGAUAUGUAAAAUACGACUCUAUUUGAUGUUAAGCAAUGUUCUGCACCAGCUAUUGAAAUUAAUUUGGAUUUCAGGGUCGUGACAGCCCUCCAUAGCGUCCCCGCGAUACCUUAAUAAAUAGCGUAGUCACCUGCUAAUUUUAGGAAUACAUUAUGGUCGCAUCUGGGCAUAGACACGCUUCGUUCUGUGCUAGGAGCCAACCAUCUGAUGGAAGCCUAACGACGAUGAAGGACGUAAAACACUUAUAAAAAGCUCUCCAUAGCUAGUGUGAAAAUCGGCGCGGAGCUUUCGCGUCUUUUGAACUCAAUGCAACAUGAUCUAACUAAUAGUUACAAACGCGAUGAUUCACGAUGUCGUUAGUGAGGCUUAAGGCGAAUUAAAAGAGCUUCAGGUCAGCGUUGUGCAGCGGUAUUUACAUAAGAGUACAAAGGUGUAUGUUUUCGGUGUGUGUUAUUUUAUCCGAACGAUUUGCUAAUUAAUAAAGCGCAAGAGAGUUUGUGGAAAUGUUUGAGUUUUGUGAGGAAAGUCAGUUCACCUGCAUUGCCACAACGAAAACUUGAUGAAACUUUAAUUCCAAGAAUCGCUGCAGUUCAGACAAAUUCAAAGAGAAUCCUUAAAACACCUUAAAAAAGAAUUAAACGCAAUAUGUUUAAUUGGCCGGAAAACAUGUUUGAAAAAUCGACGCUAUAUUUACUAUUCGUGUACUUUAAGUGAAACUUUUUCACUUACAUGCACUACCAAUAUUUUUGGAUAAAAUAGUUAGAAUCAGCAAUUUUACUUCGCUUUAGUAGUUUAAAAACAUACCUAAUAAAAUCCAAAAGCUAUUUGUAACGCUAUUACAUCUAAUAUGCGGCAAUUUCACUACGGCAACUUUGCUUAUUCAGAAAGGUCUCAGGCAAACUACGUGGCAAUAUUUACCUAAAGACAUUAUUGACAUUUAGUCAAUGUGAUUCUAACCCUGAAAUCAACUAUUAUUGCAAGAAAACUUU